AUGGGCAGCGGAGCCAGCGCUGGCCAUCACCCCCGAGGGGAUCCUCCUCAUGAUGAACUGGGUCGCUUCAUGGCGCUGGUGGACAGUGAGAGGCAUGAGAAGCAGUGGCUGGCCAAGCAGUAUGAUACGAAGUGCCGGGAGGCCGCGCAACUCCGGCAAGAGCUGGAGGCGUUGUAUCAACGCCUCUACGAUGGAGACGGCGCCGCUCAUCGGCGUGGGGCAUCGACUUCGAUGCCAUUGGUCAAAGAAGAGGACGGUCCAGCGAGCCCCAUGAGCCCAUCGACCAUCCCUUCCGGGGGCUCGGGCUUAUGCGAUCGCCGUGGCUUACACCUGUCCUUGGAUACUCGACCGGCACCCAAUGCCCAGCGGGAAAAAGCUGCGAAGGUUUCUGAGGAUGCGCCGAAAAGCCCCGAGAAGCAGGACCGACGAAGGUCUCUGGAGCUUCCCAAGCCCUCAGCCCUGGCCGAGGCACGGCGCCGGCGCAACAGCGCCUUGGGCUCGCCGGCGGAUGCGGAGUUCUUGGGCGGCCUCAGCAUUCAGGUGGUGAGGUCUCACGCGGACCUGAGCGACCUUCCACCAUCGCCGAAGGGAAUGCUGCGAAGCCAAAAGACCUGGGCUGCUUGGCAUCGAAAAGCGGCUUUCUGUGGCUUGAAGACGGUCUUGGAGCUUCGCGAACCGUGCGAGGCUGCGGAGGGCACUGGCGACCGUGACCCGCUGGGCCUACGAGGUCUUCGCCACGUGAUGCUCGCCGGACUGGUCAAGGCCUUGCUGGAUCUUGGCUUGGAGCUGUUGCUGCCUGCCAGCUGCUGGGUCGAGGAGGGCUCCAACAUCCCAGCGGUGGCCAGGCGAGCCAAAGGCUAUCGCAAGCCUUCAGCCCAAGUGCCAUCAGCAGUGGAGGAGCUGGCCAGUGCGGAAUUUCUGCAACGACUGCGUGAUGGUGGGCCCCAGGCUGAGAGGUCUGAGGAUUUGCCUGAUGUGGACGCCAAUUGGGUGGCUGAAAAUGCCAAUGAGACUGCACGUAAUGUGGUCACUGCGCUGUGCCAACAUCGCUUUGGAGAGAAGGUCACGGUCGACGAGGUCAUUGCUGGCCCCCCCGGCAGCCAAAGGCACCGAGUUCAUCGUGACACUGGCGCUUUCUGA